AUGACCGGUUUGGUUGAAUAUACUACUACUACCACUACUACUACUACUACUACUACUACUACUACUACUACUACUACUACUACUACUACUACUACUACUACUACUACUACUACUACUACUACUACUACUACUACUACUACUACUACUACUACUACUACUACUACUACUACUACUACUACUACUACUACUACUACUACUACUACUACUACUACUACUACUACUACUACUACUACUACUACUACUACUACUACUACUACUACUACUACUACUACUACUACUACUACUACUACUACUACUACUACUACUACUACUACUACUACUACUACUACUACUACUACUACUACUACUACUACUACUACUACUACUACUACUACGACUACUACUGAUACUGCGACUACUACUACUACUACUACUACUACUACUACUACUAUGACGACGACGACAUUUACUACUACGACUACUACUGAUACUGCGACUACUACUACUACUACUACUACUACUACUACUACUACUACUACUACUACUACUAUGACGACGACGACAUUUACUACUACGACUACUACUGAUACUGCGACUACUACUACUACUACUACUACUACUACUACUACUACUACUACUACUACUACUACUACUACUACUACUACUACUACUACUACUACUACUACUACUACUACUACUACUACUACUACUACUACUACUACUACUACUACUACUACUACUACUACUACUACUACUACUACUACGACUACUACUGAUACUGCGACUACUACUACUACUACUACUACUACUACUACUACUAUGACGACGACGACAUUUACUACUACGACUACUACUGAUACUGCGACUACUACUACUACUACUACUACUACUACUACUACUACUACUACUACUACUACUAUGACGACGACGACAUUUACUACUACGACUACUACUGAUACUGCGACUACUACUACUACUACUACUACUACUACUAGCAUUGUUUGUACCAGCAUUUGA